GACUCCCAAUGACGAAAGAGCAUUGCAACUCAUUUUAAGAGGACUGUAUAAAGGAGACCAAGAACAACACAUUUCAUCUCAAACAAAGACAGCAGUUUUAGCAUGGAGUGGAAAGGAAGGGUGCUGGUCCAGUUGUUAAUGCUAGUGUGUGUGUUGGAGGUUAGUCUUUGCCAGCACUGGUCAUACGGUUGGCUUCCUGGCGGAAAGAGAAGUGUUGGUGAAGUGGAGGCAACAUUCAGGAUGAUGGAUGCUGGUGACACAUUGCUGUCUAUUCCUGCGGACACUCCGAUGGAGCAGCUUUCACCUGUACAUAUUAUGAAUGAGGAGGAUGCUGAAGGUUUGCCUCUGAAAAAACAGAGAUUUCCCAACAGACGAGGAAGAAUGUAAAAGCAUAAAAGACGAAGUUGAACCCUUGGAGCCAAUGAUAAUACAAUUUUGUUUUGUUUUUCCAUGGGAACAACAUGUUUUAUCAAGUCCUGAUGAAAUAUCCUUCUCAUGGUUUUAAUAAAAAGUCAAGCACUAGAGGUGCAUAUUUGUUCAAAAUCAA